CGGCACUUUCAAAGCUUCCCAACGGCCUCCGUCGCCAAACUUUUUCAGCUUCGUUUUCAUCGAAACCCUCUACACUCACAUCUCACCGCAUUUAUAUAACACCAAAGAGAGAGAAAGGGAGAGAGACCUAAGCUUUCACGCUCUCUUCGGCCUUGUCGAUCCGCAGUGCAGAUUUCUCUUUACUCUAGUGAAUUUAAGCUGCUUAUAAUGGCUGCAACUGCUACUCCUAGCCUGCAAAUUGCAGCGGCGAAGCCCUGUGUUUCUGCAUCUCGUAAAAUUUUCAAGUCCAGCACUGCAAGUUUUGGUUUAGAAAAUAGGAGCAGAUCUGCAGCUGAGCUUAAGAGUUUGAGUGUUAUCUCUGCAACAAAGCUAUCUUCUCAAGGCUUUAAUUGCAUUCCUCUAAAAUCUAGAAGGAUCGUUACAAAGGCAAUGUCCGGUGCAAGUGAUAAUGCCCCUUUGCCAGGGCUGCCAAUUGACUUGAGAGGCAAGAGGGCAUUUAUUGCUGGUGUAGCUGAUGAUAAUGGUUAUGGAUGGGCAAUAGCAAAGUCCCUUGCAGCUGCAGGUGCUGAAAUUCUUGUUGGUACAUGGGUUCCUGCACUAAAUAUUUUUGAGAGCAGUCUGCGACGUGGGAAAUUUGACGAGUCACGAGUCUUGCCGGAUGGUUCACUGAUGGAAAUAAAAAAAGUGUACCCACUAGAUGCGGUUUACGACAGUCCCGAAGAUGUUCCUGAAGAUGUAAAAGCCAACAAGCGUUAUGCAGGCUCCUCAAAUUGGACUGUUAAGGAAGUUGUUGAAACUGUGAGACAGGAUUUUGGCACAAUUGACAUUCUUGUGCAUUCCCUUGCUAAUGGUCCAGAGGUUACCAAACCACUUCUUGAAACUUCAAGAUAUGGAUAUCUUGCAGCAUUAUCCGCAUCAAGCUAUUCCUAUAUUUCUUUGCUUAAACAUUUUCUUCCCAUUAUGAAUCCAGGCGGUGCUUCACUCUCCUUAACAUACAUUGCUUCUGAAAGGAUAAUUCCAGGAUAUGGAGGUGGCAUGAGCUCAGCAAAAUCUGCUUUAGAGAGUGACACUAGAGUCCUGGCUUUUGAAGCUGGAAGGAAGCACAAGGUCAGAGUAAACACAAUUUCUGCAGGUCCACUGAGAAGUCGUGCAGCAAAAGCUAUUGGCUUUAUUGAUAUGAUGAUUGACUAUUCUAUUGAGAAUGCUCCCUUGCAAAAGGAGUUGUCUGCAGAGGAGGUUGGGAAUGCUGCUGCUUUCCUUGCAUCACCUCUGGCUUCAGCCAUCACGGGUGCUGUUGUGUAUGUUGAUAAUGGGCUUAAUGCAAUGGGAGUGGGAGUUGACAGCCCAGUAUUUAAGGAUCUUGACAUCCCCAAAGACAAGAGCCAUGAGACUGUUAAACAAGCUGUUUCUGUGUGAGUUUGUAAAAUUUUUGAGUUUUGACGUCCAAAAUAAGUAAUGGCCUGUCAAUUGCUUGUCAUUCUCUAUAUAGAAUAGGCCGUAUGGUUAAGUUAUUGUCUAGCUUUAGUAACACUUGAUAUUUGAUAAUUGUUUGAUGUUUUAACUGAUUUGCUUUGUUUUACAUCUCCAUGGCACAA